AUGUACAACGUUAUGCCGAAUGACAAUCUUUACGAGAUUGCCAGACCAUGCGAUUACUUUGACAUGAUGUGUGGCACUAGCACUGGAGGAUUUGUCUGUGCAACGCGGACUGCCAAUACUGAACCGGCCCUCUUACGGUCGUACCGCAGCGAUAAUGAGGAAGGCUGCCUCGCAACCAUCUGGGAGGCAGGCAGGGCAACUUCAGCAGCCCCAACCUUCUUCCCACCCAUCAAGUUUGGUAGUCCUCCGGCAGAAUAUGUUGAUGGAGCUAUCGGCCACAACAACCCCAUACAACUCCUGAUGCGUGAGGUCGAGAGCGUGUGGGGCUCAAGCGUACAGUUUGGAUGCGUCCUUAGCAUCGGCACUGGCGUCUCAGAGCCCAAGAGGCUUGGUUCCAAAGAUCACAAGGUUCUAAUAGCCUGCAAGACUCUAGCUACAAGCGCUGAGAAUAUUGCGCGUGAUUUCCAAAACGACCGGGGAGGAAAGCUACAACGGGAAGGCAAGUAUUUUCGAUUCAACGUGGCACGCGGGCUUCAGGGCAUCGGUUUGGAGGAGUGGCAAUUGUCUGACAAGAUGGAUGCCGCAACGAGGUCGUACUUGGAGGAUGUCAAGACAAACAUCAAGGCCUGCUGCGACCGCUUGAAGAAUUUGAACACAGACUUGGACAGCCCUGUAUCUCCUAUUACUGCCCCCUUCCAUCAUCUAGUGUCCACAAACAGCAUGAGCCAUGGGACCUUUGACAUUCCGCACAACUCUAGCCUCUACUUUACUGACCGCUCGUGCUCGAUGCAAGUCAUUGAGAAGCAAUUUCUCACGCGGCAUCCACAUCACCCCCAGGUGGUGGUCUUGAGCGGUUUGGGAGGCAUCGGCAAAGCGCACAUCGCUCUGCAUUAUUUUGAAUGCCACAGGAGCAGCUGUUCAAGCGCCAUUUUCGUCCAAUGCAACAGCGAACAGGAGGCUAUUGGUGCCUAUGUUCACUUCGCCGGCUUAGUAGUCGACGAAGACCUACGCGCUACACCCACCAGCAACUACGAUGAAGUUGCCAAGAGAUUAGGGUUCUCCGCGUUGCUUAUUGGACAUCAUAAUCAUCUACUGGAUGAAGCCCAUCGAAGGGUCGUCAAAGCUGUGGCGUCGAGAGGCUUGAGUUCGAGUCACCCCAAUCAGCAUCGCUCCUUCAGCAUCUCGGCUUCGUGCAUUGCAAGGAUGCUUGCAAGCAACUCUUCGAGCAUACAGACGAAAUGA